CAUAAUUUGAGACACAUAUAUUAUAUAUUAAAGUUUGCAGUUCAACGAACUAUUCUAUUUUCUUGCUCAAUAUUUCUAAGCAGUAGUGUGGGAAAUGGCCGGCGUGACAGAAAACGGACGAAGAAUCAUGGUAGCAAUCGACGAAGGGGAUGAAAGCAUGUACGCUUUGUCGUGGUGCCUAAAGAAUUUAAUUUUCCAAAAUUCAAAAGACCAUCUUAUCCUCUUCUAUGUUAAGCCCCCUCGUGCCGUUUAUUCGGCCUUUGAUGGCACAGGAUACCUUUUUUCAUCUGACAUAACUGCAACCAUGGAGAAGUAUAGCCAACAAGUUGCCGAUUGUGUCUUGGAGAAAGCCAAGAGAGUUUGUAAAGACCUCCAAAAUGUGGAGACCAAGAUAGAGAAUGGCGAUCCGAGGGACGUGAUAUGUCAUGCGGUUCAAAAAUUGGGUGUUGAUAUUUUGGUCAUGGGAAGUCACGGCUAUGGUGUCAUCAAGAGGGCUUUCCUUGGAAGCGUGAGCAAUCACUGCGCACAGAAUGUGAAGUGCCCUGUUUUGAUAGUGAAGAAACCAAAAUCAACCGCUGGAGAAGACAAUAUAUAAUUUGCUUCUUUUGUUUUUUCUGUAAAAAAAAAUACUUUUCUUCUGUAUGGGUAUGUAUAUGUAUGUACGUG